UAUAUAGCCCCUAUCUCCAGCCAAGCCGGGAGUAGCGGACGGGAAGGACUGCAACACAGACCCGCACUGUUCCUAGGCUGCAUUCUGCCAUCAUGAAGCUGCUUGCAAUGGUUGCACUGCUGGUCACCAUCUGUAGCCUGGAAGGAGCUUUGGUUCGGAGACAGGCAGCGGAGACAGAUGUGCAGAGCCUGUUCAGUCAGUAUCUUCAGAGUUUAACUGACUAUGGCAAGGAUUUGAUGGAGAAGGCCAAGCCCUCAGAGAUUCAGAACCAAGCCAUGGCUUACUUUCAGAAUGCACGGGAGAGACUGACACCCUUUGUCCAGAGAACUGGGAUGAAUAUGAUGGACCUCUUAAGCCGUUUAAUGAGCCCCGAGGAGAAACCAGCUCCUGCCGCUAAGUGAGGUGUGUCAGGACUCGUCUUCCUACCCCAGCUGACCCACUGGCCAUCGCUGGAGUCCCUCUCCCGACUUUCUGCUUGUCUUUUCCAAUAAAUUCGGAAGGAGUUAAA